CUUUCUUUCUGUCUGUCUUUAUUUCUGUAAUUAAUUAAUUAAUUAAUUAAUUAAUUACAUUUUUUUAUUUAUUUCUUGUUUUUAUUGGAGUUUGGAGGAGAUUGUCAAUGGCUCAUACGUGUGAAAGACGAGGCCCAGGCCGCUCCAGAUCCGGGAGUGCUGCUGUCUCCCGGACGGCUGCUCAGGAGGUUGGGAGACGAGGCUCUGGUGACGGCGCUCAGGAACCGCUGCCAAACCCAAACCAGCCACUGAGCCAAGAGCUGCCGGGAUCCAUCGCACCUCUGCCUUCAGAGUCGGCCGCUUCUGCGUCCACAGACCAGCCUCACAGGAAGAGGAAGUGGCAGAGCGGCAGCCAGGAGGAUGAGCGUCCGUCCCCUUCAUACAGAAGACCUGCCAAACGCUCCCGCAGAGAAGCGUAUGUGAAGGGCCCAUUGCUGGGGCGAGGCGGAUUCGGCUCUGUGUACGCAGGGACCCGCAGGUCUGACGGACUGCCAGUUGCCAUCAAGUACGUCUCUAAAAGAGGAACACAGAGACUGAGAGUUGAAGGUCAGGGUCGGCUGCCGCUGGAGGUGGUGUUGAUGAACCUGGUCAAUUCGGCUCCUGCCUGCCCCAACGUCCUGCAGCUGCUGGAGUGGUUUGACCGUCCCAGACGCUACACCCUGAUCCUGGAGCGCCCGCUUCCUUGCCAAGAUCUGGAGAGCUUCUGUGAGGAGAACGGACGCCUGGAGGAGAGUCUGGCCAAGAAAGUGCUGCUGCAGCUGAUCACGGCGCUGAAACACUGCGAGAGCCGUGGAGUCCUGCACCGGGACGUCAAACCAGAGAACCUGCUGAUCUCCACAGACUCACAUGAAAUCAAGCUGCUGGACUUCGGCUGUGGAGAUCUGCUGAAAGACUCGGCCUACAAACACUUUGCAGGCACUCUUCAGUACGCCCCUCCUGAGUGGUUUCGGCAGCACCGCUAUCAUGCGGGACCGGCUACGGUUUGGUCAGUGGGGGGGGUGACGCUCUACAACAUCCUGUGCGGCUGUUUCCCCUUCAGAGGCGCAUUGAGGGUCACCUCCAAAAGCAGACUGCGCUUCCCUAGAGAGCUGUCGACAGGCAAGAGACAGAAAUCACGGCCAGAUCCAGGUGAAGCGUGUGGUGUGUUCCUGAACACUGUGUUGUGUGUAACAGAGUGCCGUCAGCUGAUUCGCUGGUGCCUCAGUGUAGCAGCAUCAGAUCGGCCCAGUUUAGACGACAUUGAGCGCCACCCCUGGUUACACUGAGCAGGUGGCCAGAGACACACACUUAUCUGACUCACAGCAGUCAUGGCUGGAUUGUCUUGUUAGGAUCAGACUAGAUCGAUUCUUCUGAUUGUUUGUAUAGGGUGAGCAGGAGUGACACAGGAAGUGCAGAGAACAGCUUCCUGAUCAUCUACAGAAAGAGCAGAGGAUCAUGGACUAAUGGCCGCCGCACAAUGAAGGUUUUUGAUCCUCUGCUCCAGUCUGUGAGGGGCUCUGUGUGGAUGCUGGAGGAGUCUGAACACACAGCUCCAGCUGAAACCACAGCCCCACGGGCCACAGAUCAAUAUGUGUACAGUAGAGAAAUGUGAGAAAAGUGUGAAUAAGCAGAACAGGAUCAGAAAGAGGCUGGGGCACAAUGUUAACUAGCAUAAUGUAUCAAUGUAAAAAAGUCCACUUGGAAUUAGUCACAGAAUUUCAGUCACCAAAAAAAUAAAGACAUUUUUUAUCAUCAGAAUGUUUGUUUAAACAAAUAAUAUUUGUUGAGGAAACUUAACAGACCAAACUCAAAAACAUAAUAGAAACUCUUCUAAAUGUUCAUCAAAACUGAUCAUUAAACACUACAAAACAAGAUUACACAUUACAAACAAUUACUGUAUUUUUUUUUAUUUUGCAGUCCCAUGUAAAGCAUGCUGGGAAUUACUGAUCUACUCCCCAGUUAGUUACAUCAACAAAGUAAUUCAAGUAGUCCCCACAAUGUUUACAGAAUACAAAAUAGAAAUGUUGAAAUUUUACAAAUUUAAAUACAUUGAAUAUAAUUAAAUCAAAUUGACAAAUGAGUGUGUAUGGUGAAAGUCACCGUACUGCAGA